GGUGACGGAUGCUCAAAAGUUCAGAAGUUUUCCCAAUGCUUCCUUAAGCGGCCGGCGCGCGAGAGACUGAAAAAAAGGUGACGCGGGGCCCAAGAAGGCGGCCGGCGCGCUGCCCCCCGCCCCUGGUUAUUUGGCCGCCUUCGCCGGCGACUCAGGGCAGAGUCUCCUGGAAGGCACAGGCAGUGUAGCGAGAAGGGCGCCUUCUUGUUUUUUAGUUUUGGCUCUGUUUUGCCGUCCUCGCCUGGAAGUUGCUCCGCGGGUUCCUCUAAGGCCGUUUGCCGCGUUCUCGUCCGGCCCUCUCCCCUAGCACCGACCCCGAAGUGGCCCGGGGCGCCCCAGGAGCACGAGAGAGCCCAGGGAGAGGCCGUGCGCGGCCGGCGGCUCCCGGAGGCGGCGGCGGCGGCCGAGCCGGACUCAGCGCGGCGGCCCGGCACCAGCUCUGUGGGGCCCGGACUCGGACUGGGCAGCCGGCUUGGCGUGGCCGGCCUAGGGAGGGUGGGGGGCGGCGGGAGGCGCGGGGCGGCGGCGGCGAGCGGGGGCCAUGCAGGCGCGCUACUCCGUGUCCAGCCCCAACUCCCUGGGAGUGGUGCCUUACCUCGGCGGAGAGCAGAGCUACUACCGCGCUGCGGCCGCGGCGGCCGGGGGCGGCUACACCGCCAUGCCGGCCCCCAUGAGCGUGUACUCGCACCCGGCGCACGCCGAGCAGUACCCGGGCGGCAUGGCCCGCGCCUACGGGCCCUACACGCCGCAGCCGCAGCCCAAGGACAUGGUGAAGCCUCCCUACAGCUACAUCGCGCUCAUCACCAUGGCCAUCCAGAACGCCCCCGACAAGAAGAUAACUCUCAAUGGCAUCUAUCAGUUCAUCAUGGACCGCUUCCCUUUCUAUCGGGACAAUAAACAAGGCUGGCAGAACAGCAUCCGCCACAACCUCUCGCUGAACGAGUGCUUCGUCAAGGUGCCCCGAGACGACAAAAAACCGGGCAAGGGCAGCUACUGGACGCUGGACCCGGACUCGUACAACAUGUUCGAGAACGGCAGCUUCCUGCGGCGGCGGCGGCGCUUCAAGAAGAAGGACGCAGUGAAGGACAAGGAGGAGAAAGACCGGCUGCACCUCAAGGAGCCGCCGCCGCCGCAGCCCGGCCGCCAGCCCCCGCCCGCGCCGCCGGAGCAGGCCGACGGCGCCGCGCCUGGACCGCAGCCGCCGCCGGUGCGCAUUCAGGACAUCAAAACCGAGAACGGUACGUGCCCCUCGCCGCCCCAGCCCUUGUCCCCGGCUGCCGCCCUGGGCAGCGGCAGCGCCGCCGCGGUGCCCAAAAUCGAAAGCCCCGACAGCAGUAGCAGCAGCCUGUCGAGUGGGAGCAGUCCCCCGGGCAGCCUGCCUUCGGCGCGGCCGCUAAGCCUGGACGGCGCGGAGCCCGCGCAGCCGCCGCCACCCACCCAGCCAGCGCCUCCGCCGCCGCACCACAGCCAGGGCUUCAGCGUGGACAACAUCAUGACGUCGCUGCGGGGGUCGCCGCAGGGCGCGGCCACGGAGCUCAGCUCUGGCCUCCUGGCCUCGGCGGCCGGGUCCUCGCGCUCGGGCAUCGCACCCCCGCUGGCGCUCGGCGCCUACUCGCCUGGCCAGAGCUCCCUCUACAGCUCCCCCUGCAGCCAGAGCUCCAGCGCCGGCAGCUCGGGAGGGGGCAGCGGCGGAGGGGGCGGCGGCGGUGGCGGCGCGGCGGGCGCCGGGACCUACCACUGCAACCUGCAGGCCAUGAGCCUGUACGCGGCCGGAGAGCGCGGCGGCCACUUGCAGGGCGCACCGGGGAGCACCGGCGGCUCCGCGGUGGACGACCCCCUCCCCGACUACUCUCUGCCCCCAGUCACCAGCAGCAGCUCCUCGUCCCUGAGUCACGGCGGCGGCGGCCAGGAAACCGGCCACCACCCUGCGGCCCACCAAGGCCGCCUCACCUCGUGGUACCUGAACCAGGCGGGCGGAGACCUGGGCCACUUGGCGAGUGCGGCGGCGGCGGCAGCCGCCGCGGGCUACCCGGGCCAGCAGCAGAACUUCCACUCUGUGCGAGAGAUGUUCGAGUCACAGAGGAUCGGCUUGAACAACUCUCCAGUGAACGGGAAUAGUAGCUGUCAGAUGGCCUUCCCUUCCAGCCAGUCUCUGUACCGCACGUCCGGGGCUUUCGUCUACGACUGUAGUAAGUUUUGACACUCCCUGUCCCCCCCCUCAAAAUCGAAAUGAAUCGAACCCCAAAGCAGGAACAGCCAAAAGAACCAUCAAUGCAAAAUCGAAACCAAAAAAAAAAAAAAAAAAAAAAAAAGAAAAGAAAGAAAAAAAGAAAAAAAAGAAAAGAAAAAAAAGAAAGAAAAAGAAAAAAAGAAAAAAAUUCCAAUUUAAAAACAAACUUGAAAAACAUUCACCAAACGAGUGAACAGAAUCCCUCCAAAACUUCAACUCAACCAGCACAAAGAAAACUAUUUUCUUAAAAGAUUCAGAGCCACCUUCACUUUGCCUUUUCUAAAUAAACAAAACGGUAAACUAUUUUGUACAGAGACAGCAAAAUCAUGGUUUAUUAAAGGACAGUGUUACUCCAGAUAACACGUAAGUUUCUUCUUGCUUUUCAGAGAUCACGCUUUCCUCCUUUCUCUUCCAUUCCCCUGCCCUUCUCUUUCCUUCACCUCUCACUUGUAAGAUAUUAUUUUAUCCUAUGUUGAAAGGAGGGGGAAAGUCCCCAUAUAUGAAAAUCGCUUUCUUUUUAUUCAUGGACUUGUUUUAAAAUGUAAAUUGCAAUAUAGUAAUUUAUUUUUAAUUUGUAGUUGGAUGUCGUGGACCAAACGCCAGAAAGUAUUUCCAAAACCUGACGUUAAAUUGCCUGAAACUUUAAAUUGUGCUUUUUUUUCAUUAUAAAAAGGGAAACUGUAUUAAUCUUAUUCUAUCAUCUUUUUUUCUUUUUGUUGAACAUAUUCAUUGUUUGUUUAUUAAUAAAUUACCAUUCAGUUUGAAUGAGA